CGGCCGUUAGCGCGCUCACCAGUUAGCGCUAGCGUGGUAGUUUUCACCGGGCUGUGUGGGACAUGUAGUUAUUUCAGGAGUACUGUGUGAAGAUAAACCCUGACCUGAAGACAGCAGGGAUGGCUCUGGAGCAGCUCAGUGAUGUGGUCCAGAGAUGUCAAGCCCUCCCUGAAGACAGUUACACCACCGAGGACCAUGACGUAUUCACGAUUUCUGGGCGGACCUGCAUCGAGGAGGGAAACAGCGCACAGGUCCUCAGUAUCGUCCUGGAUGAAAAGAAUCAGGACAUAGUGAGAUGUAUGGGAUGGAAUCUGUUGCCUCCUCUGAUCCGGGUUCUCCUGAAGAAAGAAGACGAGACGCUUUCUCAGUGCCUCGCCAUUUUCAACCACCUGCUGCAGACCUGCAGACCCAAAGAGCUGCUGAUUGGCUUGUUGGAGCAGCUGGAGCAGGACGACCCUGACACCAUAGCAGAGAGUCUCCAUCUGCUGUUGAACCCUCUGCAGAAAGUGCUGCUGUGUCUGGGCAGCCGUAAGGCGUCGUCACUGGGCAUGACCCUGUCCUCUGUGCUGGACCAGGUGGCCAAACUGCCUUUACCUCACACCAAGGAGCAAGAGGAGGAUGACGUCUUUUCGCUUUGUCGGUGCUGCACUGAUCUGAUAGACUUUAUCAAGCCUUUUGUCCACGAGGCCAGGCAAAACCUCCUGAGCAGUGAGACACAAAAUGAGAACAAGUUGGCGGGUGUGCAGGGCAGGGAUAAAGAGGACGAGCUGCGGACAGAACUGCUAAAGUUCUGUAUGAAGACUCUGAGUCAACCUCUGCUGGAGGUACAACUCAAGGAUCCCGACACUCUGGCUGUGUCUCCCCUCAGGAAUUUUGCGACAGAGAUUUUGAGCACCCUCAGUGCUAUCGGAGAGUCUGUCCCCAGUCUUAUCUCUCAGGCUCUGCUGAAGAGAAAACACAUUCCCGGCUUUCUGGAGGAGGAAGUGCGUUACCCUAAAGAGUCUUUGGCCAGCCUGGCUCACCUGGUGUUCGUCCAUCACCUGGCUGCAGAUACAUUCCCCAGUGUUUUUAGUCCUGUGUUCUGUCUGCGGUGUAAUAUGGAGCACAUUUGCCUCCUCCUGUCCAGAACUGAGGAGUCCAGGAUUCAGAAAGGACUGGAGCUGUAUGAGAAGAGUCUGGUGCGGGUGGAGGAUGGCAGUCUGCCUGCAGAUCUGCUGGAGAUCAGAGCCUUCCUCACAGUCCCUAAGAACUUGGUGAAGGUCAUGACGAUGUGUCCAAGGAGUGAUUUGAGAACCAGAGGUCUGAAGGUGUUCCAGCUGAGCAUCGAUAAGUUUGAAACCGAAGCCAAGUACAAUUUUUUCCAGUACAUGCUGAAAACAGGUAAUCACUCAGGAGUCGAAGGCUACAUCAUCAAAAACAUCAAGAAUCAGAUAAACGCUGCCCUACAGCCAGGUAACAGUAACACCUGGUUUGAGGGACCCCACCUGCUGCCUCUGCUGCGUAGAGUUCUCAUCCUGCCAGACGGCCCAGAGACCGACCUCCUGCAGUACCUGGACAGAAUCAUGGAGUCUCUGAACCUGCUGCGUUACCUCGUCAUCAGAGACAAAGUGACAGAGAACCAGACAGGCAUCUGGACAGAGCUGUAUAAAAUAGAAGAUUCGUUCCUGAAGCCAUUACGUGUUGGAGUAAACAUGUCAAGAGCUCACUACGAGAGGGAGCUCCAUGACACCAUGGAGACCAAGAGGGGCAAGGCCAAAGGGGAGUCCAUGCUUUCUGUGUCCGUUGGCAGUGAGAAGCUGCCGAACAUGACGCCUGAGUCUCAGAUUCAGGCUCUGCACUCCGCCCUGCACACGUUUGACAUGAUCGAGAGCGUGUUGGUGCGGAUAGAGGAACUCAUAGAGGUGAAGGAGAGUUCUUAGACUGACUCUGAGUUUUACUACCAGAGGUCGUCAUCGCCAAACGAAGCCUGUAACUGUUCAUAAGAAAAUGAGCAGCAUCAGUUGUGGAUACGUUAUUGUAAACGGUUGUCAAAUUAUACACUGCUCGUGUUGUUUUUUUUUAUUAUUAUUUCAAGUUGUUUUCAGCAGGUCUGCUGGAUUCUGUAAAAUGUUGCAUACAGUGUUUAUAUAACAUCCAAAUAACAGCUGGAAAAUUUGUAUCACUUCUGUAAUAAA